AUGUUUAGCACAACCACAUUUAGAAAAGAAUACAAUUACAGAAUUUCUCCCAUGAAUAGCAGUGACAUGUGGCCAGAGACAAACUAUACUCCACCAUUGCCUCCUAUUAAUAGAAGGAUGCCUGGUAGGCCAACUACUAAGAGGAAGAAAUCCACUACAGAGAAUAUAGGAACACACAGGGGUAGUAGAAGUGAACCACAACAACAUGAAGAGGUUGAAAUGACUCCAAUUGAGAUGGAUACUACUCAAAAUGAUAUUCAAGUUGCUCCUACUGAUGUUGAACCUAUUGAUGUGGUUGAGGAAGUUGUUGUGGUUGAGCAAGCUGUUCAAGAUGAGGAGACUGAGGAGGUUGAUCCUGUUUUCCAAGUUGAUAAUGUAAAUGUUCAGGAGGUUGAUGAGGUUAAUCCUAAUGCCCAAGUUGAUAAUGGUAAUGUUCAGGAGGUUGCUCCUGUAAGUCAAGUUCAGCAGGUUAGUGUUAGGCCAAUUUCAUAG